AUGCAUUCAACGGUUGCGCACAUCUUAUUUGUUUUGGGCACGGUAUCAUGCAUCCAAGGAACUUCGGCCCAAACCACCGUGUUCAUAAUGGACGACGGAGGCAAUUUCAACUGCCCGGGAGUCCUUCGUAAUAACGACAACAACGACAAGAAAACAUACUGUUGUGUCGGCGGAGAACUCGAUCUCAGCACCUGUCAAGGCUGGCCCAUCUGCACAGGCAGUUCCUGGAAGCCGAAGCCGAUUAGCUGUGCAACUACGGUACCUAUCAGUGCCACAGAUUACAAUGCACAAAUCAAGAGCGCAAGAUCGAAAUAUCUUGAGGAUGACACGGCAUCAGUGACUAGCGAUUUUGUGUCCUCGGCGACUGUGGAGGAGAGUGGCAGCCAGCAGGCGGCUACUGCAUCAGCUACUGGUGCGGCAACUGAGUCUUCAACAACAGGUAAUGGCGCUAGUGUCGUGAUGCCAGGUCUGGCAGGUGGAUUAGUGGGAGGUUUGAUGGUUUUGUGGAAUGCUCUGUAG